ACCGUACGGCGACCCACAGAAUCCACGCCGUGAACCCUCGCGCCCCCCCUUCCCUCCCACACACACCAAACGCUGACCCAGACAUAGACCCAAAAACUACAAACCCUAAUUUCUGAUCUCUCCUCUAAAUUCUUCGUCCCGGCAACCUAAAGGAACGAUUUUAUUUUAUUUUUUGAAAAGGAAAAAAUGGAUACUCAAGUUCUUACCAUCAUAACCUGACCUUUUCGCAAAUUGACCUCCGUGUCCCUGUUCUUCAUCUCCAGAUUUCCUCACCAUUUUUAGCUGCAAAGUGUUGCAAUUGGUCCGAGUUUCAAAGCGCAUGGUUUGAGGAAUUUUGGAGAAGUGGUGAUUCUGUAACAUGGGUAGCAGCGAGAUGGAUAAACAGGCAAAAGAGAAGGAACCGAAGACGCCUCCUCCUGCUGCUAGUACCACUACGCAGGAGCCUUCGUCGAAUACUGGUACUAGUGCAGUUAAUCCUGACUGGUCGGGAUUUCAGGCAUAUUCUCCUAUACCUCCACAUGGGUUCUUGGCUUCAAGUCCCCAAGCUCCUCCAUAUAUGUGGGGGGUUCAGCAUAUUAUGCCUCCCUAUGGCACCCCUCCACAUCCAUACGUGGCGAUGUAUCCCCAUGGUGGCAUAUAUGCUCACCCAUCUAUGCCUCCGGGAUCUUAUCCUUUUAGUCCCUUUGCUAUGCCUUCUCCAAAUGGCAUGGCUGAAACUUCUGUAAAUACACCUGGCAACAUGGAAGCAGAUGUUAGACCACCAUCUGAGGUGAAGGAAAAAUUGCCCAUCAAAAGAUCAAAAGGAAGUUUAGGCAGUUUGAAUAUGAUAACGGGGAAGAAUAAUGAGCACACUAAAACAUCAGGUGCAUCUGCUAAUGGAGUUUAUUCUAAAAGUGCUGAGAGUGGUAGUGAAGGUACAAGUGAAGGAAGUGAUGAAAAUUCUCAGAGUGACUCACAACUGAAGUCAGGGGGCGGGCAAGAUUCUUUUGAAGCUGAAGCAUCUCAGAAUGGCAAUUCUGUGCAUGGUCCUCAAAAUGGAGGACCAAAUACACCUCACACAAUUGUGAAUCAAGCAAUGGCCAUGGUGCCGUUGUCAGGUGCUGCUGCUCCUCCCUUAGCUGUUGCUGGUCCCACCACAAAUCUAAAUAUUGGAAUGGAUUAUUGGGGUGCUCCAACUUCCUCAGCCGUACCUGCAAUGCGUGGGAAGGUUCCUCCUACUCCUGUUGCAGGAGGAGUUGUUACUGGAUCACGGGACAGUGUUCAGUCACAGCUUUGGAUACAGGAUGAAAGAGAGCUUAAGAGACAGAGAAGGAAGCAAUCAAAUAGAGAAUCAGCCCGUCGAUCCAGGUUACGCAAGCAGGCGGAAUGUGAUGAGCUUGCACAGCGUGCUGAAACCUUGAAAGAAGAAAAUGCCAGUCUCAGAUCAGAAGUGAACCGGAUCAGGAGCGAGUAUGACCAGCUUCUUGCAGAGAAUGCCUCACUCAAGGAGAAACUUGGGGAAGCUCCUGGGCAUGAAGAUCCAAGGUCUGGUAGGAAGGACCAACAUUCGAGUGGCGACACUCAACAGACUAGGCAAACAGAGUAGUCACUAGGACGAAGCUACCUCGCUUUACGCUGCUUUCCAGGAGCAUAACCUAACCAAUUAGCAACCUAUUUGGAAUAGAAUGUAGUUUAAACUAUAAUAGUUGACCUUUUAUAGUGUUAGGAUCUGUUUAUUUCAUAUCAUUCCUCAUUCAUAAUUUGGCUUCUCUUUUAACAUUUUAAGACCCAGGAUGGUGUGUAAAGUGUGAGAUUUGUGUCACUACCCGUAACUGUUUUAAAAGGGUGGUAUUCACGCUUAACCCUGUAAUAGAUUGGUUAAUCAAAGUGUAACUUGGAUGGAAUUAAUGAACUCAAUUAGGUUUUACUUA